AUGGUGGGGUGGGCUACCAAGGACAAGGCGCAGCUCGAAUGGACCGACGACUCGCUUGGCCCUGUCUACGAGGGCAGCGUCGACUCGGAAGGCGUACCGCAGUGCCCCGAUGAGUGCUAUCGCUUCUAUGACAACGUGAACAACCGAUGGUCGGACACGAGCUCCUGCACGGGUGAGCCGUUCGAUGUCUCUCUUAACGACACCAUGGACAACCUUUACGACGAGAACAUUAUGUUUAUCGGCCACGAGAUCGGCCACGGCUUCGGUUUGCCGGACUUUUACGGACUUGAGACCAAGCCGUCCAAGGACUUCCCCAACUCGAUUAUGAUGGCGUACAGCUCCACUACAAUCACACCAAGCGACGGCUGGAUGCUGCGUCGUGUCCUCGACCGCGUCCGAUCGCGCUACAACUUCUAA